AUGAGUAUCUUCUCAGGCACGUUGGGUCUGGGACCGUGGAUUCCCGCUCGGGGCAACGCGGCCACGAUUGUCUUUGCAGCCCUGUGUGGCUUUGGAUUCGGAGCGUUUGUCUCAUUGCUGUCCGCCAUUAUUGCGGAGAUCUCUGACGUCAAAGAGAUCGGGACGCGCACCGGGGUCGAAUUUGCCAUCAUGUCAGUCGCAGCGCUGAACUUCUGA